AUAAACAGAGAAUAUGGAGAGGAGAUGCAUUUAUAUUCCAGUCUGAACUUUACAGAGAGGGGGGACUCAAAGAGACAACAAACCUCUCAGUAUACAGGAAGUAAGUGUGUGGGGAAUAGAUGGUCCAGAGCAGCUACAGUGUGUUUGGGGCUACUGUGUGUUCUUCUGCUGGCUGCAGUCAUUGUGCUCUGUGUACAACUCAAUACGAACAUUCACCAAUGUCACAUCAAGAGCAAAAACUACACUGAAGAGAUUAAACAAAAUGAACAGUUUUUACUACCUUUCAUCUGAGUUGAAGAGCUGGAGUGAGAGCAGAAGAUACUGUACAGAGAGAGGAGCAGAUCUGAUCAUCAUAAACAACAGAGAGGAGCAUGAGUUUGUUAGAAAGGUUUGUGUUCAAAACUGGGUCUGGAUUGGUCUGACUGACAGUGAUGAAGAGGGCACAUGGAAAUGGGUCAAUGGCAGCACACUGCUUUCUGGGUUCUGGUCAGCUGGAGACCAAACAGCAAAGAAGGUGAUGAGGACUGUGGUAUGUCCAUGUCAUCAGGAUGGGCUGAUUAUCCAUGCAACUGGGCUAUUAAAUGGAUAUGUGAGAAGAACAUUAUAAUAUAACUGUCUGUUGUGUGAUUGCA